UUGUCACAUUUUUUAACACACAGCCAAUGAGAGAGCCUUGUUCAUCAUCGUCUUCUCGAUAAAAUAGAUCUGCUCACCAUUUUCUCCGCCAUAGCCAAAAAAAAAAAAAGGGAAAGAGAAGUUUUGAAAUCGAAGAAGAAGAUGAACGGUAACCGAGCAGAAGCCGAACGUCUUCUCGGAAUCGCAGAGAAGCUUCUGGAGUCACGAGAUCUGAACGGUUCAAAAGAGUUUGCAAUCUUAGCUCAAGAGACAGAGCCUCUCCUCGAAGGCACCGAUCAAAUACUCGCCGUCGUCGACGUCUUGCUCUCAUCCGCGUCACAGAAUCUCGUCAAAAACCAACCUAACUGGUACGAGAUCCUCCAGAUCGAAGAUCCAGAACAGUCUUCAGCGGACAACGAUCUAAUCAAGAAGCAAUACCGCCGUCUCGCUCUUCUCCUCCACCCUGACAAAAACCGUUUCCCAUUCGCCGAUCAAGCUUUCAAAUUCGUGCUCGAUGCAUGGGAAGUCCUGUCAACACCUUCAAAGAAAUCUCAAUUCGAUCGAGAUUUGAAUCUCAUCUUCACCAAAGUAGAUCUCAAUAAUCAGGGGAGGAAGAAGAAAACAACAGUCAAUGAGAAGAUGGCUACGUUUUGGACGGCGUGUCCGUACUGUUACAGUCUCCAUGAGUAUCCUAGGGUUUAUCAAGAGUACUGUAUCAGAUGCCAAAACUGCCAAAGAGCGUUUCACGCCGCGAGUAUCCCUCAGCUGCCUCCGUUGAUUCCUGGGAAAGAUGAGUAUUAUUGUUGUUGGGGUUUUUUUCCGAUGGGAUUUAUUGGUGGUAAAGGAGGUGAAGCCGCCGCCAUUGCUAACGGAGUAGAUGCAGCCAAGUUCCCUAAUUGGAUGCCUCCGGUCUUCUCAUCCGGCGGCGUUUCAGCUACUCCUCCUAAUGGUAAUAAUGGUGGCGGAUACGCGACGCCAGCACCGGUUGCUCAUCCUUCGUCUUCUCAGGUUAACUUUGGUGGAUGGUCAGGUGGUGCGGGGAAGAGAGAUAAUGAGGCGAUGAGGAGUAACAACAAUGUUGGAGUUAAUUCAGAUGGAACGCCGAAGAAGAGAGGACGAGGAAGGCCCAAGAAGAAUCCGGUUCACUGAUCUCUCUUCAAAGGCAAGUUUUUUUUUUCCUCCUAAGGCAGGCAAGGAAGAAGAUUAGGAUCAGUGUUUGUUGUUUUAGCGUAAUCUUUGUUAGUUAAUGUAACUUUUAUUUUGCAGUUGUUUUUAUUUUUGCCAUUUUUCUCUGUGUUUUGUUGUUGUUACUCGUCAUUUUGUAUCAUAAUUUAGCUUUGAAACAUUUUCGUUUUUGGGUAAAUUUUGCGAAUUCAUUAUUUUCCCUUCA